CAUCCCCACCAAUGAGCAGAAGCCAUGACGUACUAAGGGCUGGGUAUAGUAUAUAAAGCGGGGAUCGGAGCCUUCAAUCCAUUGUCUCUCUUAUCCAAGUGUUCAGGGAUCUGUUCAAGUGACGCGGUGAAAGUACCAUUUGCUGUACAUAUCCACCAUGGGAGACCGACCAGACCUUGGGGAGAUCGAUAAGUUUGAUAAGACCAGACUGAAGAAAACAGAGACUCAAGAAAAGAAUACAUUACCAACAAAAGAGACAAUUGAACAAGAAAAAAAGAAUUAGUCCACACCAUGUGAAAAAUGUCUUGAUUUAAUGUUUGAUCUGAGUCUUGGAUCAAUAUACAGUACACUGUGAAAGAAAACCACAGCAUUGGGUCUUGGAAUGCCAAAAAAAGGGAAUAAUGUGUUAGCUUGUCCCUCUUGUUAAUGUAUUUGAUUAAACAAAUUGUGCAAUAAA